AUGCCAGCGUUGCCGCGCGUACAGUGCCGCCACUCGAAAACCUCUCUCGCUCUACGGAGCGUCUUCUUCUCCACCGGCGGCGCCGCCACCACCCGAGUCUCCCUCUGCCUGCGCCGCGCGCGGGCCAUCGACGCCCUCCGUCUCCGGCUCCGCCUCCACGACCCUUCCAUCCCUUUCCCCCCGCCAUCGUCCUUCUCCCCACCGGUGGACUCCAUCGCCGCCGUCCACGCCCUCCGCUCCGCUCCCUCCCCCGCCGCCGCACUCUCCCUCUUCCGCGCCCUCCAAGCCGACCCUUCCUUUUCCGCCACCCACCACGCCUUCCACGCCCUCGCAAAAACCCUCUCCCUCUCCCGCCGCGCAGACGAUCUCCGCUCCCUCCUCUCCGCCAAUGGCAGCGCCGCCCCCAUGGACCUCCUCCGCUGGUACGCCGCCGCGGGGGACCUCCCCGCCGCCCUCCAGACCUGGGAGGGCAUCCGCGCCGCCGCCACCGACGCUCGCCGUCGCCACCCCUGCACAGAAUCCUACAACCUCGUCAUGUCCCUAUACGCCGCCGCCGGGAUGGACGCCGAAGCUGUGGACGUCUUCCGGAAGAUGGUGGAAGAAGGGGCGAACCCUAAUUCGAGGACCUUCACCGUCGUCAUCGAGCACCUUGUAGGAGCUGGGAAGCUCGAGUCUGCCCUCCAGGUGUUCGACAGAUUGCCCUAUAUGAGGAUCCGCCGCACCUCCAAGCAGUACAACGUCCUCGCCGAGGCCUUGACCUCUGCGGGAGCCUUCGAUGGCCUCAGAAGGCUGCUCGCAGAGUUGCAGGACGACGGCGUCUGGCCCGGGCGUGCCGUGCGUUCGGCGGUGUCGCGCAUGCUCGCUGCCGGCAGCUACGCCGGCCUGGCAGAAGAGGAGUUAUUCAGAGAGAUGGUAUCCUCCGACGAGAGGAUCGGGUACGUCGUGAUUGAUCCCAACUCCGACGACGAGGAAGGAGACCACGUCAGGUUGAAGCCAUGGCUGGACCCGAAUGCUCUGGCCGGAGCGUUGGAGGGUUGGGACGCGCAGGAGGUCGCCGCCAUGGAGGAGGCCAACUUGGUGUGGACCUCCCGCCUGGUCUGCAAGUUCCUCAGGGGAUUCAAGAAACCGGAGUCUGCGUGGAGAUUCUUCUGCUGGGUGAGCCACCGUCCUCGAGGGUUUGUCCAUGAUCGGCAGACCACCUCGAGGAUGAUCGCCAUCCUCGCCCGCGACGGCCAUGGCGAGCUGGUGGAGCGCCUCCUCAGCAAGGUGAAGUCCGACGGGCUGAGGCUCCCCUUUGGGACCCUCCGCCUGGUUAUCGACUUCCUCGGGGUGGCGAAGAGGGCAGACGCCGCCGUGAGAGUCUUCCGCGAAGCAGACGCUGUCGUCUCCGGCGAUCUCUCCAACGAGCGCCGCCGGCUGCUCUGCUCCUCCCUCCUCCGCACACUCGUCAAGUGCCGGCGAGGCGACGACGCCAUGGAGCUCCUGGAGGAGACGACGCAGAGUGGGGUCCUCCCCGAUGGGCAGACCUUCGCCGGCCUGGUGCAGUUCUUCGCCGGAGAGGGCGACCUGAGGAAGCUCCAGGCGGUGGCCGCCAUGGCGAGGCAGUGCGGCCACCGGCGGGAUGCCUUCUUGUGCCAGACGAUGAUCAGAGCCCACAUCAAGGCCCAGAGGGCGGCGCUCGCCCUCAGAGUGUUCAACGAUAUGCUGAACUCGAAUCUGGCCCCCGACGGCGCCACCAAGACGCUGCUGGUGAAGACCCUGUGGAAGGAGGGCAAGCUCCGGGAGGCGGCCUACGUGGAGCAGAGGAGCGAGGAAGUCAACGGCGGGCUCCCCCUCUCGUUGCCCGGCCACGCGUGGACUGUGAGCUCCGCUGAUCUCCUCUGGGUCUACGACCUCUACCGCCAGAGCUUCCUCCCCUGA